UUUCCCUCAGAGUGCCAACCACACAAUGACAGAGUGUGUCUGAUAGAGCAACAUGUCAAGUUCUGGAUGUUUUAUAUGGAUUUUCUUCUCCUCGUGGGGGAUAAUUACAGCCAGUGUAGAGACUCUACCUCAUGUCAUAAAGUACCAAACAGUGAUACCUCAGAGGCUGAAGGACUCAUCUCUUUUUAAUGAUGAUGUUGCUGCUGCUACAGACAAGAAAUACCCUGAUGCACUGCAGUACUCUAUAUGGAUCGCAGGGCAAAACCACACUCUGCAUUUGGAAAAGAACAAGAAUCUAGUGGGUAAAACCUUCUCUGUGACACAUUACUCUGAUCAGGGAGACCAAAUCUCAACCACUCCAGAUCUAAGUGUUCACUGCUACUACCACGGACACAUCGUGGGAGUGGAGGACUCCUCUGCCAGCAUUGGACUCUGCUCAGGAAUAAAGGGGUUUGUGCGCCUCCGGGACCAGACGUACCUCAUUGAGCCUCUCGGUACCGAGGCAGGACAGCAGGAUGACGGCCAGAGUGCCGACACUCACAGCGAUGAGGGUCUUCAUGCUGUUUACAACUACAAACACCUGAGGAGGAAGAGGAGCCUCUGUUCCCAUGGAAACACGACCACUUUCUACGAUCAUGUAGCUCGUCCGUCUGGACUGUUCCGGCUCGCCAGUCUGAAAAGCAGAGCUCAGAAAGCAGAGCGAACGAAGAGACCCAGGACGGUGGAGCUGGUUGUUGUGGUUGACCAUAGAGAGUAUAAGAAGUUUGGCAGUAAGAAGACAAUAGAGGCCAGAGCGCUUGAAAUAGCAAACCACGUGGACAAACUCUAUCGCCCUGUGGGCGUUCGUGUGAUGCUCGUCGGCCUGGAUAUCUGGUCAUACAGAGAUCAGAUACAGGUCAGCACUGACCCUGAGGUCACCCUCCGUCGCUUCCUUGAGUGGCGUCAGCAGCACCUUCUGCCGAGGACCAAACAUGACAAUGCGCAGUUCAUAACAGCUGUGGAUUUUGAUGGCUCCACUGUAGGCUUAGCAAACACCAAUGCUAUGUGCACCUCUAACUCUGGAGCUGUCAAUGAGGACCAUAACACUAACGCAAUUGGAGUGGCUUCCACCAUUGCACAUGAGAUGGGUCACAACCUGGGCUUGUCCCACGACACUGAAGACUGUGUCUGUGGCACUUCUGUGUCAAAAAAAGGCUGCAUCAUGUCAGAGAGUGUUGGCUUAAAGUAUCCGGAGCUGUUCAGCAGCUGCAGUCGGCAGCAGCUCAGCAAGUUCUUGAAGGAGAUCAACCCGGCAUGUCUGCUCGAUACUCCUUCCACCGAUCGAGUUUAUGGGGGCCCCGUGUGUGGAAAUGCCUUCUUAGAGCCUGGAGAGGAGUGCGACUGCGGCACGGUGGAGGAAUGCAAGAAUCCCUGCUGCAACGCCACCACCUGCAAACUGAAUGCAGGAGCCCAGUGUGCAGAGGGAGAGUGCUGCCACAACUGCCAACUGAAACCGACAGGCAGCGUCUGCCGACCGAAAGCAGGAGACUGCGACCUGGCAGAAUAUUGCACUGGCUUCUCUGCUGUCUGUCCGACUGACGCCUACACCCAGAAUGGCCUGCCGUGUAACCAUGGAACAGGGUACUGCUACAAUGGACAGUGUCCUUCACGCCGGGAUCACUGCAAGAGGCUUUGGGGACCAGAUGCUGAAGUCGCUUCAGAUGCUUGUUUCUAUCUGCAUGGAAACUGCAGAAAGGCACACUUUAACCAGAGAUGCCCAGGCCGAGAUCAGUCCUGUGGUACACUUUUUUGUUCCGGCGGAUGGGAGUUCCCUGUGACAUCCAGGAAGUCCUUUUACAAAGUAGGAAAUGGAGACAUGUGCAAUGUGGCAACUAUGAACCCUGAAGAUAACUACCCCGAAGAUCUGGGCAUGGUACCUACUGGCACUAAGUGCGGCAACAACAUGGUAUGCUACAAUCAACAGUGUCAAGAGAUAAAAAACAUAAAAAUGUAUGGAAGAAAUGACUGCUCUGCCAAAUGCAACAACCAUGGGGUCUGCAAUCAUGAGAGCAAGUGUCACUGCGAUCCUGGCUGGGCUCCACCUUUCUGUGAUGUGGAGCAGUCCGAGCUGCCUCAAGAGUCAGGCCUGGUUAAGUUCAUAGUGUCACUGGUGGCUGGCUUACUUCUGCUUUUGCUCGUGGUUAUCGGGAGUUUGAUGUGGUACGUCAGAAAGAGACAGCCUGCGAAGAGAUACCUCCCAUCUUCCGCGGGACAGUUCAACCCGUUGUUUCGGUCGAGCAGCGAACGACGCAGGCCUCCUCUUGGAUCAGCACAAAUCAGCCAGCCUAAAUUUUUGGAGUCGUCGGCCACUCAAGCAUGUAAACCGCUCUUCUCUGCUCCUACCAGACCACAGACUGGAGCACUAAAGCCCAGCCGAGCAGCUCCAGAGCCGCCCAAGAAAGCAGCAGCCGUACCCCAGCCAUCAGUGUUUCAGCAGGCUAUAAAGCCAUUCACGCAGGCUCCAGCUGUUUCAAGAAAGCCAAUCUUUACUGAGAGUAAGCCACUGCCUCCAUCGAGACCUCUGCCACCACUCACAACAAAGCCAAUCAUGAAACCAAAGCCUCCAAUGCCUCCAGCGAAGCCAAAGCCCUCUGCAGUCCUGUCUUCAUUGCCUCACACUCAGCUGCUCGGCGGGAGGGCUGCCCUGAUGCCUCCCAGCAGGCCCAGAUGACAGUGGGACUAAUUCAUCGAGGUGUAAACACUGAAAUCCUCUGACAGAGGACAUUGUUUUUGUCUCACCUAAAAGGACCAAGAAGAUCCUGUCUGGAGACGCUCGUCUGUUUUAAAGUAGAAACAGGAUCCGCUGAAGAAUCGGCAUUGUUAAGCGACGCAGCUUUUGUGGUCUCCUUGAGGAUUACCACUGCUUAUGUACACCUUCAGUAUGUUAAUGAAAACCUGAAGUAAUGAUCAACAGACUCAUAUUCUGUGCUUUAUGAACGACAAAUGGCUCUGCUGCCAUGACGAUUGUUUAGUUUUAGUCUUUUUAAAGGGAAACAUUUGGUUUUUGGGUUUGUUUGUUUUUUGCCUAAAUCCUGGGAUAUGUGAAGAUUUUAUAAGGUAACUGCACUAUCAAUGCUGUAACUGUUCCUUUUCCCUUUUCCCUCACAUUUUUUUUGGUACUGCAUCUCUCACAAAUAUGGUUGUUAAGGGAUUUUAAAAUGUGGCAUGAGCACUUUACAGGUAGAUUUUUUAAUUGAAGAAGGUCUUUUCUUGUAAUUUUUUAAAAACUCUUUGUACUGACCUGUCUAUGCUUGACUGUGUGACUGAACCAGUACAUGUAUCUGUUUUAUUUUGCGUGCUGACCUGAUAAAUGUCAAAGGAUACUGAUUAUUCUAUGCAGCAGACAUGAUCACAAAGUCCUUUCACUCAUAAUACCAAUGAUGAGAAUUCAACCUCAAUUUGUCUUUAAAUCUUUCAGUUCUGAAUGUUCUAAUUUAUUGGCUUGCAAUA